AGAAAACAACGUCGGUGCCGUAAUAAAAUAAAAUCUAAAACAAAAGAUGGCAAUGGAACUUCCUUUGAUAAGCAAAGAAAGAUGUCAGGGUUACCAGAUGAGCUAUGGCGUCAAAUAAUUGAAUUCGGAAUUAGAAGCUCGAAUUUUAGCUAUAAAGAUUUAUGCUGCAUCUCAAUCUGCUGUCGCCGCCUCCACCGAUUAUCCAAUGAACACUCAUUCUGGUCCCACUUCCUCUCCUCAGACUUCCCUCCCUCACCACAGCAACAGCAGCACCAACAAAACCCUAACCCUAACAAUUACACUUCCACCGCAAAGUCCACUUACAAAAUCAGGUUUGAGAAGGAGAGAGAAAAGAAGGUUGCAGCCCAUAGAAGAGCGGUGCUUAGAAAAGAAAGUGAAAUUAUGGAGCGUGAGAGGAAGAUUAGGGAUAUUGAAUACAGAUUGUGUCAAGAGAGUGACAAAAUGAGAGAUACUGCUAAUGAAUUGUCUAAUUUACACAAGGUCAGGCAAGCUUCUGUUGCUUUGAACGUGUGGCAGCCCGAGGUGGUCAGAGGUAGGCAAAAACAAUUGGUGGAACAGUGUGUGGUUUCUUUUGAAUCUCGAGUUCAUUCACUUGAGAUGGAGCUUAAGCUUUGCAAGCAACAAAUAGUAGGGUUCAAUAAGGCCCAUAGAGAUGAGAAGCGGAGGCUCGAGAAAGCAAAGGAGGAGUUGGCAUCCAUGAAGUAUCACCCUCUACAAGAUUAUAGGUCGACAAGUUGUGGGCAAAACGAAUAUAACAAAAAGAAGUUUAAGAGAUCCGUGAAAUUUCCUGAAAAACAAGGUGACACAUCACUGCCAGGCAUUAGGGAAGAACUAGUGGACUAGUUGACUUUGCAAUUGCUCCUCGUUAACCAGACUCGUACCCAGAAAAGUUGCUAGACUUGUCUCUACGUGCCAUUCACGAGCUGGCUGUUCAAUAGGAAGGUUGGUCAAGAAUCUAUCGUAUAAGAAACAAUUGGCAGAUCAUGAAACAGAAACCUGGUUUCAAUUUCUGAUGUUAAAUUCGCAUGUUAGUAUCUUCUGUAUGAAUUAGAAUGUAAAAUGUUUUUGUGCUUUCUUUAUAAUCAAUAAGAAGAAACCUACUUAGGAUUCCAUGAACAUGCAUCAAGUGUGUAAUUGAGAUCUGGCAUUAGACAGGCAUGUGUCUGUAAUAUUUAUUACACUUUACCCCAUGGAUUAAGUCAAGACGAUAGCUAUUACUAUAGCCUCUAAAUGAACAAGUUGAUUAUAAAUGUAGUUAAUAUUUGGUGUGGUCCUCAGGUCCGUUCUUAGCCUGUGUGGACCUGAUUGGACACAGUUGUCUUCCAUACAAUAGCGCUAUUGAAAAGUCAGCUUCUGUUUA